GGGCGGAGCGGCGCCGCCGACGGGACUCGCAGCGCCCGCCUCUCGCUCCGAGAUGGCCGGCCGCGUCUCUCCGAGCCGGUGCCGGGCGUAGCGCGGGCGGGGGAAGCCUUUGCAUGUGGACAGAGGGAGGACGGACGGAGAUGGGCUUCUACAUCAGCUCCCUCUCCCGAGCGCCCUACGGCAAUGGGGCACCGCCAGAGUCCUCGCGCCCCGCUGCCAAGCGCUACCAGGCGGCGCCCAGCUACAACUACAGGUGGACGGAGCUGCACUACGAGGCCAGCCGUGGCAAUGUGGAGAAGCUGAAACAACUGCUGCUGACCUCAAGCAGGGAGCUGGUGGACAGGAAAGAUUAUUAUGGCAAGACGGCCCUCUACUGGGCGGCCUACAAGGGGCAGAGGCAUUCGGUGGAGCUGCUCUUGCAGCACGGCGCCAACGUCAACACCUGCUGCAAACAUGGGGGGACCCCUCUCCACGCAGCCGUCGGCCUCUUCCCCGACUGCACCCUGCUGCUGAUCCAGCACGGCGCAGAUGUGAAUCUGAAGGACAACUGGGGAGUGACCCCCAUGUACCUGGCUGCUUGCAGUGGACAGACAGAGUGCAUCCGAUUGCUGGUGCAGGCUGGGGCCUGCAUCUGCUACAGAAAUAAGAAAACAGGAGCCCCUCCCAAGCGCCUCGUCUCGCAACCGGCGUUGAUGUCCUGGAUGGAUUCCUGCCGCCAGCAGCCCCUUUCCCUCAAACACCUCAGCCGCCUCUCCAUCCGGACUGCCCUGGGCCACAGGAGGCUCCAAGCCAUCAGGGACUUCAACCUCCCUCCGCUGCUGAAGCAAUACCUUAUGUUUGAAGACCUGGCUCUCCUCGACGGGUUGUAGCCUUGCGGGCGCAGAAUCGGCUCCUCCGGCUGGCGCUGUUUCUCCGCCGCGGAAGGGCCAGCCGGAGCCUUUUCCUUGCCCGGCGUAUGUCGCCUUUGUGUUUCGACUGAGGUGCCGGCGUCGCCAUCACACACAGAAGUCGGGCUCUCCAAGAAGGAGACGAGGGGCCGAGAUUACAACUUUUUUUAGUUUAGGAGGAAAAGGCGAGCGAAGGGAACACGCUAGAAAGGCGCAUAAAGCGAUGUGUAGCGCAGAUAAAGAGAACAAAGAUGUUUUUCCUCCCACAAGGACCCGGUCGUACAAGGAAGCUCAGUGCUGGGAGACUCCUUUGCACGGCGCAUUGUUAAAACGAUGGGGUUUGCUGCCAGAAGAUGCUGCGACGAUCACCAAACUGGGUGGCUAUGAGAGGGGUUUAGAUCACUUCGCGGAGGGUAAGGUGGUCAAUGAUCACAUGGGAUCAGAGGCAUGAUUCCUCCGACUAGUGAGAGGACGUGUGUUGCGUUCAUGUCCUACUUGCAAUUCCCAGGGGCAACUAGAUGGUCACUUUCUGAAAGCGGUUGUUAGCCUAGAUGGGUUUGAUCUGGGGGGGUGGGUGUCUUAUGGUCUUGCGAGUCACUUCUUUCCUUAUUGGCACUCCUUCAUCUCUUCUGCUUGGCAUUUGGAUGGCCGAAUUGCCUUCCUGGAUCAGACCUCUUGUUCCUGACAAAACCUGAUACUGCUGGGAAGCUUGUAAACUGGGGGCAGGGUUGCAG